AUGCCUAAAGACAAGUUGAGCCUCGUCAUCGAAUCAUGCAGCGAGAUGAAUGCACAGGUUUUGUCCAAAGUCCAAGUUCGUCUCCUCCACUGCGAGAACUCGCAGAAGAGAGUCGUGGAAGGCUCCGUGUUCCUCACCAAGGCUUCAGAAACUCAGCGCUUUGACGAGAACUUCACGUUUGUCAUCCCGGACAUCAACUUGGCUCAGUUGGAGAUCACUGUUUGGGAUGUUUCGGAGGACAAGAGCGUUGCGGAGCCAGGGAACGGCAACUUCUUAGGAGAGGCCUUGUUGAACCUCUCGAAAUUGGUUCCCUUGGCUGGCACUGAGAUCCGGCAAGUGUUCACACUCAAGAGGCCGGUUGCUGAGGCCACUCAGAGAUUCAAGCUGGGAUCGAGCAAUGUGAAGGAGGAUUCGGCGGACGCUGUUGUCAGCCCAAAGCAAAAUUUCUUGUUGCCAGAGAUCCCCGCGGCUACAAAGACUGAAGAGCGUUCGCCUGCUUUCCUCCUUCCUCCCCCUCCCCAGAAGACAGAAGAAGUUCAGGAGCCGCCAGCACCAGAGAUCACCACGAAAGGAUUUCUUCUUCCUACGAUCCCCACAGGCGAGCUCCUCCCUCUCCUGCUCCCCUCUCCGCCUGCUGCUAAUGCGCUCGCAGAGCUGCCUACUCCCUACACCGAGACCUUCGCCUCAGGCGUCAACAGCUACCCCCUCAGGCCUCUCACGCGCUCGGUGUUCGAUGACUGGAUGGGCCCCUACUGCUGCAAGUUCCAGUGCGGCUUCUUUGGUGACUACUACCAGGUCAGCGUCCAUGAGAAUUACUGCCAAGGAGUCCAGAGAGCUCCGGUCUAUUCGCUGGGCAGCAGCUCGCUCUCCUACAAGCUUUCGGCGCAGGGGGUCUACAACUGCGAGUAUGGAUGCGGAUUCCGAGGAGGAUACACUGAGGUUUCCAAGCAUGAGCAGGAAUGUCCAAGCCGUCAGAGUGUGAGGAUGUGA